GUUUACACAAAGCAUUAAGUACAAGUCGUAGCAAAACAAUACUGUAGAAUGAAAUACUAACUAGAUAUUCCAGAAGUUAUGUUACUUUAAACAGUUAAAUAAAUAUAGCAAGGUUAAAGGUCAUUUAACACAUUUACAUUCGUGCAGUUGGCAGACGCUUUUAUGCAAAGCGACCUACAGUAUAUUCAAAAAGCAUUUUUAUCUCUGGGACUCGAACCCACAACCUUUACAUUGCUAACGCUCAACAAGUUGCGCAACAGGAGCACUAUUAUUAGAUAAAUAAACUAAUAAAAAUACUAUCGUGUUCUAAGUGUUUCUUGAAUAGAAAGAGACACAUUUUUAUGUGUACAGUAUGCAAAUUUAAAUCCUGAUUACAGUUGCUAUUCCAAAUCACAUUGCCUCCCUGUUUGUCGUUUCUCUGUGUCUGGUCUCCUUACAGACCACUGAGAGGGUGACGGAGUCGCAGAAAGUGUGGAGUAAUGGAGGACUUUAGGAGGACGUAUCUAAGGCUGUGUAAGGAGGGAGGUAUAGAUACACAGGAGUCAGUGCUAGCUCAGCUGGACACAAGAACAGUGACUGGCAGCACUAGACUGGACUUGAGCGGUCAGAGCAUCACCGUAGACACUUGCAGUGUGCUGGGCAGAGUACUGCAGAAUGACACAGUUUUCACCGAAAUCAUUCUCAGUGACUGCAUGCUCAGUGAAGAAGGUGUCAAGCAGUUGCUAAAUGGGCUUUGCUCCAACACCACAGUGAAAAUAUUGGAUCUGAAGGGAAACAACUUGAGAGGAACUGGCGCUGAGGUUUUGGGGCAGUUAUUAGUGAGGAACAAGAUGCUGCGUAGGCUUGUGCUGGAGUGGAAUGCUUUGGGAAUGUGGGAGGAAGGAUUUGCCAUAUUUUGUGAAGGUUUGGCCUCUAACACCUCGCUCACCCAGCUCGACCUGCGAAAUAACCAAAUUAACCACCAGGGGGCAGCAGAGCUCUGUAUAGCACUCAAGAGAAACUGCACUUUGCAAGAUUUGGAUCUCAGGUGGAAUAACAUUGGGUUGCUGGGUGGCCGAUCUCUGCUGGAGGCAAUGCAACAGAACCGCGCGCUGCUCAAACUUGAGAUGGCUGGAAACAACAUUCCCAGUGAUACUCUCCGAGCCAUUGAACAGUCCAUGAAUCAUAACACAGACAGGCAGUCCACACUUCGAGAGAGUCGGAGCAAGACCCACGUACUGGGCAAAGAAAUCCAGCUGCUAAAGGAGGAGAAGAGCAGACAGUUUCUUAGUCUGAUGGAAACCAUCGACAGACAGAAAGAUGAGAUGGGACGAAGCAGCAGAAAUUCUUCCAUACGUCUGGGGCAUUUACAAGAAGCGCUGAACGAGCAGAAAUCAGUGAUGAAUUCUCUCACAGCCAAAUUGCAGAUGACAGAGGCCGCUCUAGCACUAUCAGAGCAAAAAUCCCACGACCUAGGUGAACUGCUGACUCGAGUCAAAAUGGAGAAAACAGAGCUCAGAGAUAAGCAGUCCAGAGACAUGAAGAAAGAACAUGAGGAGAGUGCUCUGAAGGAGGCAAAGCUUUUGAAGGAGGUGAAUGCACUGUCAGAGAAGAACCUCCAGCUUAGAAAUAAGCUGGAUGAGACUGAACGCAGAUGUAAAAUGCAACAGGAGCAAAUCUUUGAGCUGAAACAGGAACUUGCCAACUCCACUGCUGAACUAAAGCUGCGUCUCGCCCAGACUGAAGAACGUCUGGACAUGGAGAAGAGAAGAUCUAAGCAGGCACUUGAAGAUAUGGACAGUUUACGACAAAAGGAGGUAGAUCACCUGACGAGACACCAGGAAGAUAGUGAGAGAGGUCUACAGGAUCGUAUUCUUAAACUUGAGGGACAGAGGAUCCAGUUAGAGGAGGAGCUCAGCAGGGUAAAAGCAUCUCUGGUGACAGAAAGAGCUCAAGCCGAGGAAGAGCUGGGAAAAGUGCGCGCCCAAGUGCGACUGGAGGAACAGCAACAUUUGAGCAGCCUGGAGGAGAAACUGCGGGCAGUUCGUCAGUCUCGGGAUGAGUCUCAGAAUCACUGCACCCAGCAGAAACAGACCAUAGCUGAGCUGCAAGCCAGAGUGGGACAGCAAAGCAUUGAGAUGGACACACUUCGCCGCAGGAUAGAGGAGUUACAGCAGGAGCUUGCAGGGAAAGAGCAAGAAAAAUUAGCAGAAGUGACACGUGUGCGGGUCGAACUACAGGAGCAAGUUGGCCACCUGCAAGCUGAAAGGACAGCACAGGGUGGCCUGAAAGAAAAAAUCGCAGCUCUGGAGAGAGAAUUGAAGGUUCUCAGUGCCACCCACAGAGAGGCCCUUCUGGACAAAGAAAGUGAGAUUUCCUCUGUGCUUGAGCGACUACGCAUUAGAGAAGGAGAGAUUCAGCGCAUGCGUGAGGAUGAGGCACAGAGAGCCAGCUUCCUACAAAAUGCCAUUCUCACCUACGUCCAGGGAUCACCUCUUGCACACUUCAGCCCAAAAAAGUGAACAUGCUUUCAAAACAGUUUAGUGACGGGUCAACCCCCACAUCACUACAACCAGCACACUUUUGGACUAUGCACAAUGAAUUCGAUGCAGAGUUUUACUCAGAUUUUGUUUUACCUGGAAUGAAAGUGCAAGUUUUCAUGAAGUAAAUAUUUAUGAGCAACAAUGUUUUAAUAUGUAUUCUUUAAAAUCUUUCAAUCUCUGGUUUGGUUUGUAUUAUUGAAUAAUCAGGUAAUAUUGCAUUAUUAGAAGCUGUUCACUGUUUUUAUAAAUAUUUAUUUUGAUUCAGUGAAAUACCAAUGCUAGUUUUAAAAUCUAAUGUGAAAUUUUAAAUGUGCCAUAUUUUCCAACAAAGCUCUUAUGUUGUGGCACUUAUGAACUGUACAUUAAGAUGUUUGUACUUUUUUACUUUUGGAGUUUUCUACUUCAGCGAUGUCUUUUUAUUUUAAUAA